AUGGGGAUGGGGAUGGAGGAGGAGGAGGAGGAGGAGGGGGAGGAGGAGGAGGAGGAGGAGGAGGAGGAGGAGGAGGAGGAGGAGGAGGAGGAGGAGGAGGAGGAGGAGGAGGAGGAGGAGGAGGAGGAGGGGGAGGAGGAAGGGGGGAAGGGGGCAGAAGAGGAAGCGACAAUGAUGGCAGCAGUAGGGGCGGGGGCAGAAGCAGAGGCAGUGGUGGUGAUGGUGAUGGUGAUGGUGGUGGUGAUGGUGAUGGUGAUGGUGGUGGUGGUGGUGAUGGUGAUGGUGGUGGUGGUGGUGGUGAUGGUGGUGGUGAUGUGGUGA